GUGAAGUGAUAAAUUGUUGAUGCGGCAUUUAAGAUUAUUUAUAACCAACUGACAGUUGAGUUUAAAGACAUUCUCUAUUCGUUUGUUUACGAUUAAUUACUAAAUACAAACAAGAUAUGGAACUUUAUAGAUUGGUUUUUGUUUGUUUGACAUUAAUUGCAUUUUCUAAGGUUUUUGUGAAUUCUAAUAAAUGCAACGACAACUCAGCAGCAACAGCACAAAUAGUGAAAUCAUGUCCGCAAAACCACAAGGAAUGGAUCAAAGCAGCUGCAAGGAAAGGCUGUGAACAAAUGGCACCCUUUUGUUCAUCACUUGAAUACCACUGCGUAAUUAAUGCAUGGGGAAAUGAAACAAUUGAAGUAUGUGCCCCCAAACUGCAAAUUGUUGGAAAUAAUUGUGCUGAAUAUAGUCAAGGCGGGAAAAGAAUUCAACGCAACGGAAUUGUACCAUGCAAAAACUGCCCGUCUCAUUACUUUUCAAAUGAAACUUUCAAAUAUCAAGAAUGUUAUGAGCACGUCAAAAAUGCAAAAACAUCACAUACAACACAACUGACAACCGAAUCGAUAUCAGUCGAAUCAACUGAAGGAAAAGUUAACCAAUCUACAUCAGUAACUCCUAUGGAGAUUUCAGUACGACUAGUUCAAAAUAUUGAUAACCAAAAUACACCGAGUCAUAUCAUCAUCAUUAGUGUGUGUGUGGUCAUCGGUUUAGCUGGCAUAAUAAUUGUUUUCACAGUUAAACAACGAUCAUGGGCAAAUAAAAUUUGCUCUCAUUUUAAAAGAAUAGUUUUACAAAGUGAAGAAUCAAAAAUGACAAAUCAAGGUACGUUUAUUUUUUUUCUUCUUCGUCAUUCAUUUAGAAGAAACAUUGGAUAUUUAGAGGUGAAAAAUGGACGUGUAUAUAUUGUACAUGUUGGAUAUAUUACAUUCGUAUUUAUAUUAACUUAUUUUGUAGAAUCUGCUAUUAGAAAUGUCGAGGAAGGCCCCGAAGUACAAAAUUGUUUACUGGAAAAGGAAACGCAAAUACAGGACAUGUUCUAUAAACUGAAUGAAUCUUCAGACAAUGCCAAUUCAGAUGCAUUCUCAAGCUGACACAUUUUCUAUUAAAUGCAAUAUUUGUAUGUUCUGUUAUUUAUGUAUUUAUUGUUAUUAUUCAUGUUUGUAUUGACUCUAAAUGGCAGCUACUUAUUAAAUGAA